AUGCGAUGCUCUGAGAGGCUCACCCACCGGAGGCUGACCUGGAUUCUGACGCCAAGACUUCCCGAAUGCCUGCCCACGUGUACCCACGAUCAGGGCUGGAGGGGCUGGGUGGGUCACGGCAUCCAGAACCUGCCAGCCUGGGUUCCAGGCAUGCACGUGGACCUGGAUGCCCAGGCGGACCUGGGAGCCAGAUCGCAGCCUCCGUUCGGGACAGCAGCUGGCUCCGGCUGUUUCCCAGGACCGGCCGAGCUAACGGGCGUACGCGCAGGCACUGCAGCCGUACCGGCACGAAGCGCUGCGACAGCAGCUCGGCCCGUUACUCUCCUGGCGCUUAAAGCGGAACCUUUGACACCAUGCGCCGGUGGGUUUACCCUCACCGACGAGAACGGGGGCGCACAGCACACGGUGAGUCGGAGACCGGAGGCAGAACCUCAGAACCUGCUGAGGGAGAAGCCUGCCUAUCAGAAUUUGCGACAGCGGGUGGACAACUUUGUUACAAAUCACUUGGCAACUCAUACGUGGAGUCCUCAUCUCAAUAAGAACCAGCUAAGGAACAAUAUUAGACAGCAGGUCCUCAAAUCAGGAAUGUUGGAGUCUGGUAUUGACAGAAUUAUUUCUCAGGUUGUGGAUCCAAAGAUCAACCACACCUUCAGACCUCAGGUGGAAAAAGCUGUGCACGAGUUUUUGGCCACACUGAACCACAAAGAGGAGGCCAGUGGCAGCGCAGCGCCCGACGAUGAGAAGCCUGACCUGUCCGUCCUCGCACCAGGUAUUCCUGCCCCUGGGCCCAGUGCCAAUGUGGCCAGUGAUGCCAUGUCAAUCUUGGAAACUAUAAGUUCCCUUAACCAAGAAGCUAAUGCUGCCAGGGCUUCGACCGAGAUGCCCAAUGCCAAGACCAGUGAGCGAGUGUCCAAAAAACUCUCUUCUCAGCCAAGUGACGCUAGCACUGACAAGGAGAGGACGUCGGAGGAUGCGGCUGACAGAGAGAGGUCCACACCUGACCCUGGGGGAGACGGGCUGGAGACAGCCCCGAAGUCUGAAGAACUCAGCGAUCUCCCUUGUCCAGUUGAAGAAAGUAAAAAUCACACAAAGGAGAAUAAUAGUUUAAUUCUGCUAAAUAAGGAUGUUCAGCAAGAGAACAGUGACCAAAAAAAUAAAUUAACAGACAAAGGUGAAAAGAAACCAGACAGCAGUGACAAAGGAGAGAAAAAGAAAGAAAAGAAGGAAAAAAAUGAAAAGAAAUUUGAUUACACAAAACGAAGUGAAGAUGUACAAAAAGUAAAAGAUGAAAAACAAGCAAAGGAGAAAGAAACAGAGAGUUCAAAACCUCCUUCAGAAAAGAGCUGUAAUAAAGUUAGAGCUGUUGAAGGAACAAAAGAAGAUUGCUCUCCAAUAGAUUCUGAUGUGGAUGGACUUACAGACAUCACGGUUAGCUCUGUCCAUACCAGUGACCUUUCAUCUUUUGAAGAAGAGACUGAGGAGGAAGUUGUAAUGUCUGAUAGCAUGGAAGAAGGAGAGAUUACGUCAGAUGAUGAAGAGAAGAGUAGACGAAAUAAAGCAAAAACUCAAACUAGUGAUUGUAAUGAAGGAAAAGCAAAAAGUGUGCGGCAUGCUUAUGUUCACAAACCGUAUCUUUACUCGAAAUACUAUAGCGACUCUGAUGACGAGCUGACUGUAGAACAGCGGCGACAAUCUAUUGCUAAAGAAAAAGAAGAGAGGCUUUUAAGAAGGCAAAUUAAUAGAGAGAAACUUGAAGAAAAACGAAAACAAAAGGCAGAAAAGACAAAGUCUUCAAAAGCCAAGGGUCAAGGCAAAAGUAGUGUGGAUUUAGAAGAAUCACCAGCAAAGAGUUUGGAACCUAAAGCCCCCAGAAUCAAAGAAGUCCUUAAAGAGCGGAAAGUUUUGGAGAAAAAAGUAGCCUUAAGCAAAAAAAGAAGAAAAGAUUCAAGGAAUGUUGAAGACAGUUCCAAAAAGAAACAACUGUCUGAAGAAGAGUCCAAAGAAACCCUCAAAACAAGUGAGCUUUGUGAAAAGGAAAAGUUGUCUUCUUCGAAGGAACUGAAGCAUAUUCAUGCAAAAAGCGAACCUAGUAAACCUGCCCGGAAACUUUCAGAGUGUUUGCAUUCAACUGAUGAAAACAAAAAUGAGUCCAAAAUAGAAAAAGAACAUAAAAGACGGACAUCUACGCCUGUUGUGAUGGAAGGGCCCCAGGAAGAAAUUGACACAAGAGAUGGAAGAAAGCAAGUAGAACGCUCAGAAACUGGCACAGAGGAACCCCAGAAACAGAAAAACGCACUUAAAAAUGAAAAGCAUCUAAAGAAGGAUGAUUGUGAAACAUCACAUUUGAAAAGCCUACCUAAGAAGGACGUGAAAUCUUCCAAGGAGAAGCCUGAAAAAGAGAAAGUUCUUUUAGAAGACAAACCAUCUACAAAACAUAAAUAUAAAGGUGACAGUAUACAUAAAACAGGUGAAGAGACUGAACUUCAUGCUUCUGAGAAAGGUUUGAAAGUAGAAGAAAAUACUCAGAAGCAAAGUCAACAAAUAAAGUUUUCUUCAGAUGAGAAAGCAGAAAGAAAAAGUAAACAUAGGAAUGAAAGAAAACUGUCGAUCUUAGGCAAAGAUGGAAAGCCAGUUUCGGAAUACAUUAUAAAAACAGAUGAGAAUGUUCGUAAAGAAAACAACAAAAAAGAGAGACACCUGUCAGCUGAAAAAACUAAAGCAGAGCACAAAUCAAGAAGAUCAAGUGAGUCUAAAAUUCAGAAAGACUCUCCAAGUCUCAAGCAACAUGGUACCACAUUACAGAGAAGAAGUGAAAGUUAUUCAGAAGAUAAGUGUGAUACAGACUUGACUAAUUUAGAACAUUUAAAACCAGAAGAGGUUGUUCAUAAGGAAAAACGAAGAACAAAAAGCUUGUUAGAAGAGAAACUUGUGUUGAAAUCUAAAUCGAAAAGUCAAGGGAAACAGUUAAAAGUUGUUGAAACAGAAAUACAUGAAAGUGUCACAAAACAAGCAAUCACAACAAAACCAGAUAAAGAGAAAAACACAGAAGAAAAUGACUCAGAAAAACAGCGAAAGUCUAAAGUAGAGGACAAACCUUUUGAAGAAACUGGUGUUGAACCGGCAUUAGAGAGUGCUGCUACUUUAGCACAUAGUACACAGAAAGAUUCUAGUCACAGAGCUAAGUUACCAUUAGCAAAGGAAAAAUAUAAGGGGGACAAAGACCUGGGCUCCUCCAGACUAGAGAGGAAGUUGUCAGAGGGGCACAAAAGCAGAAGCUUAAAGCAUAGUAAUAAAGAUGUGAAAAAGAAGGAAGAAGGUAAAUCAGAUGACAAGGAUGGUAAAGAAGUUGACAGUAAUCAUGAGAAGUCUAGAGGAAACAGUUCAGUCACGGAAAAGAAAUUGAGUAAAAGAGUGUGUGAAAAUCGAAAGGGAAGCUUAUCCCAAGAGAUGGCCAAAGGAGAAGAAAAAUCAGCUGCAAACACUUUGAGCACUUCCAGUAGUUUCUUCCUGCAGAGACCAAAAAAAAACAAUGAUCCCACGUUGUCCCCUGAACAAGAACCCAUGGAAGUUGACUCCGAGUCAGCUGUUGAAAAUGUGUGUGACAUGUCUAAACCCCAGGACAGCAGCAAUGACAAUUCUCCACAAGAUACUGACUCUGAAAAUAUGAAACAAAAAAACGUUACAGUUUUAAAAGAUGAAUUGAGAACUUCCAUAGCAGACUCAAAAAUAGCAGCUCUAGCUUGUAAAUCAGGACGUGGAACAGGAGUUAAUAGUAACUCUGAAAAGCAUACUGACCAUAAAAGCAUCCUGACCAAGAAAGGGCACAUCCAAAGUGCUGUGUCCAAACCGAGUUUUGGGGAGAAAGAACCUGUCCAACAGGGAACUCAUGAAUUCAGUGUAGACGCUGAGAUUAGUCGUAGAAUGUUACCUGGCCCCCCGUCAGAAGAUGAUAAAGUACCGAAGAAUUUGAAAAGCAUAACCAAAGCCACCGACGAGCAUGUUGCUCAAGGAGAUGCUGCUCUUGAACAUUCCGCAGAUUUAGAACCUGCACCAUCGCUAAGUUUAGUGACCAUUGUGCCUCAGAAAGAAUCUCAUGAUUCAGAUGCAAUUCCUUUAGUUGACAAGAAAACUGUUUUAGAGGAUGGUACUGCCAGCGCGGUCCCGGUGGUUCAUUCUGAGAGCCCUAACCGGAGUCCGACUGGUACAGAAUCAGAAGUCCCUAGGACAAGUGACAGUAAAGCAGGCGGUGGAGGUUCCAUGGUAGAUAUCCCAGCAGACACAAGCAAAAGACACAUUCCAGAAGGUUACCAGGCCACUUUCUUGGGCAGUAACCAAGGAAAAGGAAACGAGCCUCUUGGCAGCAGGUUAACAGGCAUAAUUGCACAAAACGAGAAGAAUGUUAGCAAAGAAGGUGGCUUGAUGGACAAGGCCAAGAAAGAAGGUGACUUAGGUGCCAAACCUGACUUAACGCAGACAGUUAGAGCUACUGUAGAAAACGGCAAGAAGGGUGACAUUGCUGUUGAUUGUUUAAUGGGUGUGAGUAUAGAAAAGGGUGCUAAAACUCUCAAACCGAAGCACGGUAGAGACCCAGGCGAAAUCGGCCUAUCGAUUGACGUUGAAAGGAUUGGAAACAGCGAGGUAGACACCAGUGCUGGAGGUGAUGCCGCAUCCUCCAUUUUACCCCAAAGGAAUGAAAAACCUGAGAAUGUGGCAGCUGAGUCUGGUGCAACAGAGAAGUCUUCCGUUGCCACUAGUACUGAAGGGAAGGACAAAGGUGUCACCUUGAACCCAGUGAAGGCUGGAGAUGCCACCACCACUUUUUCAGAAACAGGAGAGAGUGAGGUAGCCCUGCCCUGUACGAGCAUCGAGGCAGAUGAAGGCUUCAUAAUGGGUGCUCCCUUCAGAAGUAACACUCUUCGUAGUGGGGCAGAAGCCAGUGAGUACACUGUUUUUGCUGCAGCUGAAGAAGGUGGGGGUGUAGUCACAGAAGGGUUUGCCGAAAGUGAAACUUUCCUCACAAGCACCAAGGAAGGAGAAAGUGGAGAGUGUGCCGUGCCCGAGUCUGAAGACAGCACUGCAAACCUGCUGGCGGCUCAGACUGUUGACAUAGAAGCCAACAUGAGCAGUGCCGUGAUGGAAGAAAAGGACGAUGCUGUAACUAGUGCAGGCUCUGAAGAAAAAUGUGACGGUUCUUCAAGUAGAGACUCGGAAAUAGCUGAAGGAGCGACUGCUUUUAUUAGCGAGGUGGAAAGUGAUGGAGCAGUCACAAGUGCUGGGACAGAAAUAAGAGCAGGGUCCAUAAGCAGUGAAGAGGUUGAUGGGUCCCAGGGAAAUCCGAGAAUGGGUCCCAAAAAAGAGACUGAGGGGACAGUGACAUGUACAGGAGCAGGAGGCCGAAGUGACAACUUUGUUAUUUGCUCAGUCACUGGAGCAGGGCCCCAGGAGGGGCGCAUGGUUUCAGGUGCAGACGUGGUCCUGGUGGAUAAGGAUGCACCCUCAGGAACAAGUGCCAGCCAGGAAGGAGAUGGUUCUGUGAAUGAUGGUGCAGAAGGGGAGAGCGCAGUCACGAGCACAGGCAUCACAGAAGAAGAUGGAGAGGGGCCAGCGAGUUGCACCGGCUCAGAAGACAGCAGCGAAGGCUUUGCUAUAAGUUCUGAGUCAGAAGAAAAUGGAGAGAGUGCCAUGGGCAGCACAGUAGCCAAGGAAGUCACAAAGGCACCAGUAGUUGCUGCCGGUCCAUGUGACGAUGAAGGCAUUGUGACCAGCACAGGCGCGAAAGAGGAGGACGACGAAGGAGAGGGUGUCGUGACGAGUACUGGACGAGGAAAUGAAGUGGGGCAUGCUUCCACAUGCACAGGAAUCGGAGAGGAGAGUGAAGGCAUGGUGACCUGUGAAAGUGCAGAGGGGGACAGGCAGAUCCGUACUGCAGUGGAGCACGUGGAAGCUGAGGCCGGAGCAGCCACGAUGAAUGCAAACGAAAGCAACAUUGAUAGCAUGAGUAGUGCAGAAAAGGAGAUUAAAGACGCGGAGAUUUGCUCCAGUGCAAAAGGAAUUGUAGAAAGCAGUGUGACCAGUGCAAUUUCAAGAAAGGGUGAAGUGGCACCAAUUCUGGAAGGUGGCCAGGCUCCCAUGACUAGUGCCGCUUCUCAUCAAAGUGACAGUCAGCUUACCAGGAAAGGACAAGAAGAUACCGCUAUUUCCCCUGGCCUAGUGGAGGGCAGUUAUGUCCUUGUAUCUGGUGCUGUCCCGGAAUGUGAGGUUGACCGCACAUCACCAGCUGAGAAGGAAGAUGAGGGCGUGAUCACCUCUGUGGAAAACGAGCAGUACGAUGGCCGCCUGGCCGCCACAGCCAGCGAUGCUAUCACCCACCAGAAGGGCUUAGCGGGGACUGAGAACCAAGGCAAAGGCUUACUCAUCUCCACCAGUACAACACAUGAUUACAGCCCUCAGUUAAGUGCCGUCGUCGACCUAGAAGGAGACCAUUUAAGUGCUCUGAGGACUGAAGAAAAUACAGAGGGCCUCAGAGUAAGCAGGGAGGAAUUUGAGGCCCCCAUGCCCAGUGCAGUUUCAGGAGAUGAGAACCAACUCACUGCUGGCAUACACGAAGAGAAAGAUGAGUGUGCUAUGAUUUCCACGAGCAUCGGGGAAGAGUUUGAAGUGCCUAUCUCCAGUGCAACUACCGCCAAGUGUGGCGAAAGUCAGCAGCCAGUCGCAACAGUUAACGGAAGCACUGAAGGUUCAGCCUUAGUAAGCACUGACGACUUUGAGGUGCCAAUGCCCAGUGCACCCACAGAGGUUGAAGGUCCUCUUGCCUCCACCAGCAAGGAUGAGAAAGAUGAAUGUGCGCUCAUUUCCACCAGCAUCGCAGAAGAGUGCGAGGCCUCUAUUGCCGGUGCCGUUGUUGAAGGUGAGGGUGAGCGAGCCAUUACAGUCAUGGAAGAAAAGGAUGGCAGUGCUGUCAUCUCGACCAGCUCCGUGGAAGACUGCGAGGGCCCUGUGUCCAGUGCCAUCCCUCAGGAGGAAGUUCAUCCUUCAGUCACGCCAGCAGAAGAGGUGAACGACACCACCAUGAUUUCCACAAGCACCUUGGAAGGGCGCGAAGCAGUCAUGGUGGGUGCUGUCCCCCACGACGAAGACCAGCCCACCGCAGCGAGAGUGGAAGACAUGAGUGAUGCUGCCAUCAUCUCCACCAGCACGGCUGAAUGCGUGCCACUUGGCGCCAGCCUCGACAGACAUGGAGAGGAUCAGCCGACUGCAAACAACCCAGUGGGAAAUGGUGACUUGUUAGCCACAAAGGCAAGCGAGCGUGAGGCCCCCAGGCCCAGCCCGGUGGCUGAGAAUAGCUGUCAGUGUCCUGUGCUGCACAGAGGACACGCACAGGAAGCCUACACCAAAGGAGGGCCCUGCAGGCCAUCAGUCCAGGAGUCCUCUGCGGGACAAAGCCAGCCAAGUGCUGCGUUUGCAGAUGAGGAAAAGAGUCGAGGCAGAGACCACCCUGGUGAGGGCCCGUUUGCAGGAACAGGUCAGAAAGACAGCACAGACGAGGACAGCGCAUUGAGCUCUGUUCAGAGCAGAGACCAAAAUCCAGAGGAAGGGACACCAGGGGACAGCAGCACAGCAAAUUGUUCCACAGGAAGGGACUUGGAGAGGAGUGCCAACUCCUUCCAGCUCAAAGGACCAGAGCAGGCACCUGCCCCCAAGGGCUCUGUUGGUACUCACUGUCCAGCAGCAACAAAUACUGGUGCUAAGAGAGCUGACAGCACGCCGCCUGUCAGAGACGCCGCAGAGCAUCCCUCUGUGCCCCCUGACCAGCCGGAGCCUGAGGGUGACCUGAACACCACCACCAGGUGCAUUACUCCUUCCCACACGGUGACCCUUCCAGCCGCCCGCCCCACAGCUCCGUCAGCUCCUAAAUGUGAGCAGGACUCAACCACGAAGAGCGAUCAGAGUGGCAGAUGGACUCACGAAACACUCACCGAGCAAACGGGAGACGGUGACCGCGUGACAGGAUCACCCCACGAGGAAGGGGGCCUUGGGGUCCCUGUCUCUUCGGAUGGAAAUCUGUGUGGCCUAGGCAAUGAAGAUUCUUCAUCAAAUGUUUUGGGAGAAUUGGAACUGAAAGCCAACUUGAAAACUGAGACAUUUGUGCCUUUAGAAGAAGAGAAACGGCAUGAAAUUCUACCACCACCAGAAUGUUCGUGUGGGAAAAAAACAAGUACGCUAGCUGAACUACAGAGGGAGCCUUCUUUGGUUGAAAACUCAGGCUCCAGAACCAAUGAAGAAAUUCAUAACAAAUCUUAUAACAAAGGAGAUAUAUCCAAUGGUGAAAAAGACAGCAUAAGCAGUAUAAGACAUCACAGUGUUGAAGCCAGCCCCGAAGAGGGUGAAGAGGAAGAAAGGCCUGUAUCUAAAAGAAAAAGAAAGAAGCAUUGCCCCUCUUCAGAAGAUGAACUGGAUGACAAUCCAGAUGUCCCGGAUUCCAGAAUAGAAACUUCACAGAGACAGCAUUCUAAAACUGAGCUGCAAGACACAAAGGAAGAGAACUCUGCAGAUUUGGAAGAAUUAUCUAAAACAAGUUCUAAGACAAACAAUGCUCUUUCAAGGGCCGUGGAAGAAAAGGACGAGUGUGGCAGUGGCGAAGCUGCUGGAGAAAAGACGGAGCAGAACGAAGAAGACAGCGUGAAGUUUCAGGAGGAAGAUCAACCAAUAAUUGUUAAAAGGAAAAGAGGAAGACCUCGUAAAUACCCUGUAGAAACAGCGUUAAAAACGAAAGAAGAUUCCAAAACAGACGCUGGCAUUGUCACUGUCGAGCAGUCUCCACCUAGCAGCAAACUGAAAGCAAUGCCGACAGACGAGUCCAACAAAGAAACAACUAACUUACAAGAGAGAAGUGUAAGCAAUGAUGAUAGUGAAGAGAAAGCUGUAGCCAGUGUGCGUCGCCGAGGAAGAAAGCCCAAACGUUCACUUACCCUCUCAGAAGAUGCGGAAUCCUCAGAGCCAGAAAGAAAACGCCAGAAAUCCGUUUCUGAGGCAACAGAGGACAAGAAAGACCAGGAGUCUGACGAGGAGGAGGAAGAGGAGGAAGAGGAAGAGCCCUUGGGAGCCACCACGAGAUCCAUCACCAGAUCAGAGGCACAGAGAUCAAAGACACAGCUCUCCCCUUCCGCUAAGCGCAAGAGAGAAGUCAGCCCUCCUGGGGCCCGAACCAGAGGCCAGCAGAGAAUGGAAGAAGCCCCUGCAAAAAAGACCAAGCGACAAUCCUGACCCCUGGGCUGGUCAGGGGCACAGUGGGGAGAAAAGGGAGGAGCCUGGGUGGCCACGGGCAUCUUUUACCCAAGAAAAGGACAUGCAUGUGCUCUAAGUUCCUAGGUGCAAGCUUUUUCUUGUUAUGUUUUAAACAGCUUUAUAAACUGUUGUUCAUAGACGAUAUUAUGUACAUUUAUCUCAGAUAAAGGAAAAUAAGUUUACUUUGUAUCUGAACUCAAAGCAAACUAGUUGUAUAUUUUAACAUUCAAAAUUGGGAUUUCCCAAUGUGACAUGUCACUAAUGCAAACCCUUCUAGCCCAUGAGAUUCUGGGCUGCUACUGG